CUCUCUCUCUCUCUUCUUCGCUCCUUCUCUUUCUCUCCUCCCUCUGCCUUCCCAGUGCAUAAAGUCUCCGUCGCUCCUGGAACUUGUUGGCAAUGCCUAUUUUUCAGUUUUCUCCCGCGUUCUCUAAACUAACAAUUUAAAGGUCUGCGGUCGCAAAUGGUUUGACUAAACGUAGGAUGGGACUUAAGUUGAACGGCAGAUGUAUUUCACUGAUCCUCGCGGUGCAAAUAGCGUACCUGGUGCAGGCCGUGAGAGCAGCGGGCAAGUGCGAUGCGGUCUUUAAGGGCUUUUCCGACUGUUUGCUCAAGCUGGGCGACAGCAUGGCCAACUAUCCGCAGGGCCUGGACGACAAGACGAACAUCAAGACCGUGUGCACAUACUGGGAGGAUUUCCACAGCUGCACGGUCACAGCCCUUACGGAUUGCCAGGAAGGGGCGAAAGACAUGUGGGACAAACUGAGAAAAGAAUCCAAAAACCUCAACAUCCAAGGCAGCUUAUUCGAACUCUGCGGCAGCGGCAACAGGGCGGCGGGGUCCCUGAUCCCGGCGCUCCCCGUGCUCCUGGCGUCUCUCUCGGCAGCUUUAGCGACCUGGCUUUUUUUCUGAGCGCCGGCCGGCUCCCCCCGCGCGCCCACCCACACUCACUUCUUGCUCCCGGAAAUCGAGAAGAUCCAUUCGUUCUUUGGGGACGUUGUGAUUCUUUGUGAUGCUGAAAACACUCGUAUAGGAUGGUGGGAAAUCCUGAUUCUCUUUUUGAUUUCGUUUGAUUUCCUGUGUUUUAUUUGCCAAAUGUUACCAAUCAGUGAGCAAGCAAGCACAGCCAAAAUCGGACCUCAGCUUUAGUCGGUCUUCACACACACACAAGUAAGAAAACGGCAAACCCACCCCAUUUUAUUUUUUAAUUUUUAUUUUUUUGGCAAAAGAAUCUCAGGAACGGCCCUGGGCCACCUAAUAUAUUAAUCAUGUUAAUACAUGAAAAAUGAUGGGCUCCUCCUAAUAGGAAAGAGAAGGAGAGGAGAAGGCCACGGGGAAUGAAUUCAAAAGAGAUGUCCACGUGUGAAGCAUAUGGUGACUAAUUCACGCUCGCAUCUUUCUUCCACAGUAUCUUGUUUUGAUCAUUUCCACUGCACAUUUCUCCUCAAGAAAGGCGAGAGGACAGAUCGUUGGCUUUAUUAUUUUUGUAAGGAUAGGAGGGAGAGAGGAAAAGGGUUGAGGAAAUCUCUGAUGUCAAGAAAAAGACUGCCAGAAGGAAUGCUGCUAAAGUCACUGAGGGGUUAGCUUUACCUGCUGUCGAUGCAUCUUUCCAAGUUCACUGCCUUUAUUUUCCCUCCUCUCUUGUUUUAGCUGUUACACAUACAGUAAUACCUGAAUAUCCAACGGUAUAGAUCACAAGGGGGGAUGUUAAAUGUUAAUCUAAAAUAUAGCUAAAAAAGAUUUUGACAUAAAAGAGCCUUGAUUUUAACAAAAGAGAGAGAUGUAAUUUAAAAAAAAAGUUUAUUAUAAAUUAAAUUCAGCAAAAAAGAUUUGCUACAAAGUAUA